UAUUAUUAUUCAUAUUAAAUAUUAUUCUAGGAGUGCCCUGUAGUCAUGUCUCUUGCCCAGAAAGUAGAGAAGAGAAAAAGUGAACACGCGAUAGGAUUCAGGAUAUACAAGCUGAGUCCUGGAAUGGAGAAGGCAGAUGCACGUUUCCUAACCUAUAACAGACAUAUUGCCAAGUCUGAGCAGUUUAUAAACCUGCGUGAGAUCAGCCUCAGGGUGAACCUGCCCGAGGGGGAGUACGUGGUCAUCCCCAGCACCUUCAACAGGGGGGAGGAGGGGGAGUUCCUCCUCAGAUUGUACUUUGACAAGAAAUGGGGUGCAAAGAGUACAUCUGGUGUGCAGAGUUCUGUACCAGACCGGCCAGCACCUCGUGUACCUGGUGUACCAGCAGGUACGCCGCGCAGGGAAGAAGGAGGGUAUGGAGGAGGGGGAGGAGGAGCUGGAUAUUCUCCGUUUGUGUAA